AUGGACUCUAACACCUUUUUUAGUCUUGAAUCCUUGGGAAUAAAAAAGUGUGAAAAAGAAUUGGUCUCCUUUGAUAAAGAACAAAUUGACAGAUUUAGAGAGGGGAUCUCUUUUGAUAAUGUAUUUUAUCAUGUAGAAUUGCCCUGGUAUACUGAUAAAAUUGACAGCGUCCCAUCUAAUCAUUUUGUUUCACUUAAGGUAUUAGACAGAACAGUAGAGUAUUUUGGUAAAAAGGGUAUCAUUGACAAAUACCAGGAAGUUUUUGAUAAACAACUCGAGGAUGGUAUAAUCGAGGAAAUUAAAGUAAGUCCUUCUGACUAUCAUAAGUAUAUAUGGAUUCCCCAUAGACCAGUUAUAAAAUUAGAAGAGCAAGUUACCACAAAAAUCAGGCCAGUAUUUACUGUUCUUUCAAAAACUUACAGGGAAUUGCCUUCACUUAAUGAAGCAGCUUAUCCUGGGAUAGAUUUAAUGGGCUCAAUACUGAAAUUGCUCUUUUACUUUAGAACUAAUAAAUAUGUAAUGAUAAGCGACGUCAAACAAGAUUUUUUGAUGAUUAAAUUAAAAAAUGAAGUGGACAAAAAUAGAUUUUGUUUCUUUUGGAAACGGGGAAAUAAAUUAGUAUCUUAUCGCUACAAAGCAAUAGUUUUUGGUUACACUUCUUCACCUUUUAUAUUAAAUUUUGUUAUGAAACAUCUCGCAGAAAGUUAUCCUGAUGAUAAGUGUAAAGAAAUAUUAACUAAUAACUUUUAUGUAGACAAUCUUCUUAUAACUGGUAACAACAUUGAUGAAAUGAAAAAUUUGUAUAGGUAUCCAGCUAAUGAUAGGAUGGAACAAGGGGGCUUUAUUUUAAGGUCUUAG